GUGUAGAAGGCCCAAUUCUUAUCGGGACAGCGCAAGUGUAAGAAGGCAGAUAGCAGAGCUUCAAGGCUUAAAGAUGGCGUGUAUAUCAAGUCCCGCGUCAUCCUCGUCACCGUUUAUUCUUCCAACUGAGUUGCUUCCGAGUCGUUCACUGAAACCCACGUCGCUUUCUUGGACAUCUUCCUUUCCCAAGCUCGGCAUUUUCUCCAAUUGCGUUGCAGUCCCACCUAGCCCCAUACUCAAAAAGGGUUCUUUCAUUCAAGCUGCCUGGACCCGGAGAUCUCGAAGUGAGGCUGCUAAAAGACCAAAUAAGAAAUCAUGGAAACAAAGGACAGAUAUGUACAUGAGACCAUUUUUACUAAAUGUUUUCUUUUCAAAGCGAUUUGUCCAUGCAAAAGUUAUGCACCGGGCCACCAGCAAAGUGAUAUCUGUUGCCACCACGAAUUCCAGGGACCUGAGGUUUACGUUACCAUCACUCACCGAUCACAAUGCCUGUCGAGUUAUUGGGAAGCUGAUUGCAGAGAGGUCAAAGGAAGCUGAUGUAUUUGCAAUGUCUUAUGAGCCCAGAAAAAACGAGAGAAUUGAGGGUAAGCUCGGGAUUGUUAUCGACACCAUUAGGGAAAAUGGGAUUAUGUUUGUUUAAUUUCCCUUUGCUUAGAGAGGUUUUAGAUGCUUUAACUUUUCUGUGCUAGUGAAAUAGAAACUUGAGGUGGGGAGGACACUCCCUUAUUCUGUAAGGUACUGUUGCAUUUAACUGUUAUAUUUUAAUCUUUGAAGAUUAUGAGAGAAUGGUAUUAGAAUUGAAGUCAUUAUGCUUA